AUGGAUCGAUGGUUGGCUUAUGAGAGUGGUCAACCGUGGUGCGAAAGCGCCUACAAAUAUCAGCAGUUACAUUUUGUAGCCGAAUUCGCUAACAGUGUUACUAAUCUCCCACUUAUUGUACUGCCAAUGGUCAACGUAUUUUUAUUAAAGCCGUAUAUCAGUACUGUCAACUGGAUUGUUCUUUUACCGCAUCUGCUGCUAACCAUUAACGGAAUUGCAUCAACAUAUUAUCAUGCUACACUAAACUUGUUUGGCCAGCUGGUUGAUGAAUUGAGUAUUUUAUGGUUGGUAAAUGUUUGUUUAAUUACAUACUUACCGGUUAUGAAGUGGUAUCCACAAAAACUCAAGGAGCACAUAGUUGGGCUUCGUUGGGUGAUUUUGGUAACAACAACGAUAGUCAGUGCACUUUGUUUCAUAAAACCAUCGUUGAACGCAUUUGCACUGAUGUUAUAUUCAAUACCGGGUAUUGCAGUAAUCUACAAUGAAGGUGUUAAGUCAGGAAUAGUAUUUUGCGAGAAAUCGCCUUCAGUUAUAUUUUUAUUAUGGAUCACCGCCAGUAUAUGCUGGUUUUCUGACCGUUUAUUAUGUGACUUUUGGCUUUAUCUAGGUACUCCAUAUAUGCACGCUGUUUUUCAUCUGCUGAGCAGCAUUGCUGCUUACCGAGUUUUUGUCAUGUUUUCAUUGCUGGACAUCUAUCGACGUCAGGAUAUGCACAAUUUUCAUGCAGUGAUUCGUUAUUUUCCAUGCAGUACCAAAUUUGGUCUUCCCUAUAUAACACUGCGACAAAAGCGUGUUUAA